AUGAACUACUUUGAUAUUAAGCCAACUAGAUCAAGGAACUGGGAGAUUGAAGAGGAAGAAGAAGACAUACGCGAUGAAUCAUGUCUUUCUCAACCGCGUAUGACAGUAUGUAUCGAUAGGCAUCGAAAAUUGCACUUUACAAUCAGUACUUAUUCUUUCAUAUAUAUAGUUGCCACCAAGGAUGCACCCUGCAUUUUCCUACGGGCAGCAUAUGCUGGUCAACUUGAUGAGAUUGCAGAGAUUUCGCUUGAAGGAAUUAACUCUGUUAGGACAAACGAGCAGAUUCUCAAUAACAGAUGCCAGGUUUACAGACACAAGACAGACCAAUCGAUCAUAUUCAUUCUGUGUCAGUUCACAGUCCCAGUUGAUCGAUCAUUCACAUUCGCCAAGUUGAUUAUGUCGACCUUUAACAAUCCUCAAAGAGUACUAGUAAUAGAUUCAUUGAUCGACACCCAGUUCUUAGCAGAGGACUAUCGCCAUCCAGUGCCUCCUUUCAUCAGGACACUCAGAACCUCAGUUACCAAACCAUUGGCCCAGUUUAUGGCACUUGAGACACCAAAUUUGGUGCAAAGGCUCCCUGCGGCAUUGAUGUCCCACGUAAGAUUGAUUGUCAUUAUGGUUACCAUACGACACGACAUUGACAUUGCUUUAUUAUCUCUAGUGCCAGGUAUUUGGAAUAGUUGCCCACUCUUU